AUGAAAGUUGAAAGGAUUAAGAUGUCAUGGGGAGAAGAAAUGCACAAGAAAGACACCGGGAUAUGUAUGAUGCGACUCAUGGAAACACAUAUAAGCAAUGCGGUAGAAAACUGGAAGCUUGGCAUAAAAAUGAACUGCCAAACACAGUUGAAGUUUCUGAGAGGAAAAUAUUGUGCUGCCAUCCUAGCAGCUGAAAAUAAUAUGCUCAAGCAUUUGAAUAUGUCUGCUGCAGACAUGCACUACCAAUUGUCAUUUGAGGAUAGUUCGGUCGAUAUAGUUCCGCCGUGGAUAAAUGAGCAGUGUAGAAUAUGA